AUGGGUAAAUUCACCAGCUUCAAUCGUCGAGACCUAGUCUACACCGUCGUCGCCGACCACCCAAUCGAAGUCUCUAUCUUCACACCGAAGACAACAGAAGAUGCCCCUCAACUUCAAUCGGUCCCCGUGCUGGUCUACUGGCAUGGAGGAGGUUUCAUAGUCGGCGACCGCCUAUACGAAGGCUGGUGGCCGGACUGGCUGCUGGAGUUUGCGCUUGAGCAAAAUGCGAUGAUUGUUGCGCCGGACUACCGACUGCUCCCAGAAGCCACGGGGGCCGAUAUUCUCGACGACAUGGACACAUUCUGGACCUGGUUUCUAGGGGCAUUGCCGGAGCUCGCAGAAUCAGAGGGGUGGAAGAUGCGCCCUGAUCUCGACCGCAUCAUCUGUUCCGGCCACAGCGCGGGGGGUUCGAUCGCGCUCUAUUCUGCGCUCCAGCGACCCGAGGCCGCGAUCAAAGCCGUUGUCACCCUGUAUGCGCCGCUAUACUACAAUGUACCGGAGUUGAAGAUGGCGCGGCCACGGCCAAUUCUAGGGACUAUGCCUCCGCCGCCGCGAGAGGCAGAGGCGCAGAUCCGGGCGUAUGUUCAGAAGACCAGGGGUACGGUGCGAACCCGUGGAGACGUAUUGGAAAUGUGGGGAUUGGUCGCAUGCAUUUUGCAGCAAGGACGACUUCCGCGCAUGAUGGCGCAGAGGCCGGAUCCGCGACUGGAUGCGCUCAAAGUUAUCGAGAAAGGGACCUACUGCCCACCGAUCUGGGUAGUACAUGGGGAGAACGACUCGGUGGUUCCGACGUCCUGUUCGACGGAGUUUGUGAAACGGUUGCCGCCAGAGGUGCCUAGGAUUCUCUCUGUGCGGCCGGGCGAACACAACUUUGACGCCUUGUUGACUAUCCAAGAGCCUUGGCUGGCGGAGGGGUGUGUCUUCCUGCGCGAGCUUUGGUGUGGAAAUGAGAUUCGGGGGCCAGUUGAGCCUGUCGAGAUGACACCACGGCCAGUGGUGCCACUGCAUGCUCAGCCCCAGGGGGUCGAGGCGCGGCUGCAGUGGUAUAUACUUAGGGUUUGCUAG